CUUUACAUUUUCACAUUCUAACACCUCCAUCACUUUUUUUUUUGUCACCCACAAGAAAAUUUGUUACUUUUGCUGCGAAAAGUUGACAAUCCCAAAGGUGUCUAUAACCCUAUUUUCAUGGAGCAACAGAACCAUACGACGGACACUGAUCAGUUUUUGAUCCUGGGCCCCACACCGAAUGAGCCACACACUCCAAUGGCGCACGUCAACGUCGCCGACACCAACAACAACGUUGUUGGCGGCGCAGUUAACGUUGGAAUUGGUUCUGGUUCGGCGCAUGUUGUGGCCGUAGCGAAAUCCGAGACUGUAGGUUCGGGACAGGCGGUGAAGAGAGGGAGGGGGAGGCCUCGGAAGAACGACAUUGUCGAAAACGCGGUGUCGCCGGCGACGGGGCCGCCGGGAUUUUCCGAUCAGGCUGCCAAGAGAGGCAGGGGACGUCCCCGUGGUUCUAGGAAACUGCAGAUUCUAGCUUCCAUUGAAACAGCUGGGGGAAGCAUCAUACCUCACGUGCUGACUGUGAAAACUGGAGAGGAUUUGGUCAGCACGAUAAUGUCAUUUUUUGACAAAGACCCUCAAGCAAUUUGCAUACUUUCUGCCACUGGUGCUGUUUCAGAUGUGGCCAUUCGCCAAAAUGGUGCUUCUCAUGUUAUUACGAGACUCGAGGGUACGUUUGAGAUAUUGUCUUUAUCUGGAGCAUUUACCUACGCUAAUAGCCCUACUGGUCCAGUUAGUAAAACUGGCUCGUUGAGUAUUUCAUUGGCUAGAACUGAUGGGAGGGUUUUUGGAGGUAUUCUUGAGAGCGCAUUGGUAGCAGCAUGCCCUAUUCAACUUGUUAUGGCCUCUUUCAAGCAAAACAUCAGCAGCCAACAAAUCAAGAGAAAACAGUUGUCUGAAUCUUCUAAUGCACCCCUAAUGCUGUGCAAUUCAGAUUCAGAAAGGGACCAACUGAAACUUCUAAAGUUGACGGAAGGUGGUGACAAGAGUUGUCCUUCACCACCACCAACAACAACACUUGAGCCAACAACAGCAACAACUAAUGGUGUAGCGGAUAAUGUCUUUACUGCAACAUCCAAUGGAGUGGUUGAUAAUGUUUUUCUUCAAAAUCAAAUUGUGCACUCUGCCUCUGUUAAUGGUGUUGCUGAUUUGGACAGCCAGGCCCCGCAGCCCGCAUCAGACUAUUCUGACCAAAUGACUCAUGCAGAUGUGAAUGCAAGUGUCAUUGUCUUAUGAAGUUAUCAACAAUAGCCUCUUUCUUCAAGUUUUCAUUGUGGAGAUUAAGUUUUAUGUUUCCUUUUGUUCAUGCCAGUGGUUAAAUUUUUUUAUAGUGUCUGACUUUAUGAAAAGUUGUUCAUCAUGUAGGUUUUGGUUAAGUGGCUGAGAACUCGUUAGUUAUCUUUGUAAAAAUGUGAUGCUUCAUUUGGUGAUUUCA